AUGUUUGGCCAACUCGUGAGAAGUUCUAUCAGGUUCACACCAGUCUCUCAGAAAGAAGACAACGAGGCCCUGCUUCCGUGUCCUUCUUGUAGCGCCUCCUCUGAAAUCAAACGAUCACCACAUCAACCUUCUGCAACUUGGUACUUCUUGAAGACGUAUGCCCCUCUGGUCCUCCUAACGACUGCGUCGGGUCUCUUAGGGAUAUGGUUGGGCAAUAAUUGGGUUUUGAACCCCGACAAAUUUUGCAUUUGGCACACUUCCCAGUAUUCUCCUAUAGUUGAAGACGUGGACCUUCAUUAUGAAACGAUUCGCUUCAACGGUUCUUUGCUCAAAGCAAACAUUUUCAGGGGCGCCGCGAGCCCCGAGGUCGAUGCAGCAUGGGAGUCACUGGGGGUCAACUACCGUGCCAUGGUGGUUCCAGCAGAUCAAGCAACUCAAUCCGGCAUCCUUCCGGAUCAAGUGAAAGUCAGCCAACGAUACGGGGGCGGGUUUCCUGCCAAUGUAGAAGGUUUGCAUCACUUGCACUGCUUGAACCUGCUCCGUAAAGCGCUGACAUGGAACUACGACUACUACCAUGAACAAGGCGAGGGGCCAUUCACGAAUUCAGACUACGUGAUCCGUUAUCAUACCACACACUGCCUAGACAUCCUCCGCCAACAGCUCAUGUGUACCGUUGAUGUUGGUGUCCUGGGACAGAUCUGGUAUCAUCCCGAAGGCAAUCCCAUAGAGCCGUUUGUCGACUUCCAUACGAAACACAAAUGCCGGAACUUCGAGGCGGUAAGGGCAUGGGCGGAGAAGCAUCAGUUGCCUCCUGAAGAGAAAGUCGAUAUGCAGCAUUUCUAUGAAUUGCCGAAAGAGGGAGACAGGAUUGUUUCUGAGAUUCCAUGAUACUAGCGUCGAAGGGAUGCCCAGAAUGAAAUUCUCCAUAGCUGAAUCAUUGCUCUCUACAAUACGUAUCUAAGAAUCUGAUCCUCUGUUAUACCUC